UGUACUUUAGCUUUCAUCUUCGAAUGCAUGUUUUCAUGUAACGGUGUAUUGUUCUUGGUCUUUCCGAUUUAGUUAUCUAUCUAGGAUUCCUCAAAAUUUGUCGAAUCAAAACAAAAAUGGCGAAGAAACCGAAGCAUCUCCGUCAUCAGCCGCCACGUAAAUCUUUAUCGAUGCAAGCUUUCACAGUUCUCGUACUUGUACUUUUCGUCAUUCUGAUCCUUGUCGGUCUCGGAAUCCUUUCACUACCCAGCAUCAAGAAGAACUCAUCUAGGCCGAUGGAUUUGACCACUAUUGUACAAACGAUCGAGGAGAGUAAGGAGAGUUAUGGAGAUGAAGAAGACGGUAAUGGUGAUGGAUGGCUCGAAGUUAUCUCGUGGGAGCCUAGAGCUUUCGUUUACCACAACUUCUUGACAAAUGAAGAAUGUGAGCACUUGAUAAGCCUCGCAAAACCUAGUAUGGUGAAGUCAAUGGUGGUUGAUGUGAAAACCGGAAAGAGCAAAGACAGCAGAGCACGAACCAGUUCAGGAACUUUUCUUAAAAGAGGACAAGACGAAAUCGUGGAAGAUAUUGAGAAGAGGAUUUCAGAUUUUACCUUCAUUCCUAUAGAACAUGGAGAAGGGCUACAAGUUCUCCACUAUGAAGUUGGGCAAAAAUAUGAACCUCACCACGACUACUUCUUUGAUGAGUUCAAUACCAGAAAAGGAGGGCAAAGAAUUGCUACGGUUCUUAUGUACCUCUCGGACGUUGAAGAAGGCGGCGAAACUGUUUUCCCUACAGCCAAAGGAAACAUUAGUGAUGUCCCGUGGUGGGACGAGCUCUCAGAAUGUGGUAAAACAGGACUCUCUGUUUUACCAAAGAAGAGAGAUGCUUUACUCUUCUGGAGCAUGCAGCCUGACGCGUCUCUAGACCCUUCUAGCUUGCAUGGUGGUUGUCCAGUGAUCAAAGGAAACAAGUGGUCAUCAACUAAGUGGUUUCACGUUCACGAGUACAAGGCAUGAAUAAAAAGAAGAUGGCUUUUGAAGAGGUUUCUACGAUCUCACCAUACUAGUUUAAUUUGUGUAUCAUUGUCAAUUUCAUCCUAUUACAGUACGUCUCUCAAGAGCACCACUGCACCAGCAAAAUCACCUUCUGGCCUUUAAUUAAAAUUUUGUAUUGCUACACAUAAUAAUAAAUCUCAUGUAUCCAUUAUCGAUCCCUCGAAUUAUAGAACACAAGCUAAGCCAUAACCAUUCAAA